CCAGGGUGGGUGAGGCUGCCCGGCGCCCUAGACUGAAGGUGGCUUGCUGGGGGAAGGGGGGAAGGCUGCUGGGGGUGAGGAGGGACCAAGGACUUCAGCUCGGGCUGCAGGAGGCAUGCUGGCGGUACCCGCGGCGGCCUCCUGGGAGCGCGACCCCCAGCUCUGCGGCGCCUUCGCUCCCACGCACCAUGCAGCUGCUUCUGGCGCUCCUGGCCCUCGCCGCCGCCCACCCCGCGGCCCGUGCAGCAUCAAACUGGUGCUACCAGAUUCAACUCAAGUCCUCCAACAUCACCUGCCUAGGGCCUGCCGACUGGGAGGGUGACUGCAAAAAGGAUAAUCAGUCCCCCAUCAACAUCGACACCUCCAAGGCAGUGUUUAACCAAAGCCUGACACCCUUCUCUUUCUCUGACUACCACAAGAAAAAAAACUGGAGUGUGAAAAACAAUGGACACUCAGUGGUAGUAUUGCUGGAAAAUGAGCCCUUGAUUGCGGAGGGAGGACUGAGCUCAAAGUACCAGGCCACACAGCUGCACCUGCACUGGUCCAAGAAGCUGAAUAACGGCUCAGAGCACAGCAUCGACAAUAAGCACUUUGCCAUGGAGAUGCACAUAGUCCAUGAGAAGGAGAAAGGGUCAUCAAAAAGCGAGAAGGCGUCCGGAAAUGCCAAUGAUGAGAUUGCUGUGCUGGCCUUCCUGGUGGAGGCUGGAUCCAAUAACGAUGGUUUCCAAGCCCUGGUGGAUGCCUUGUCCGAGAUUCCCAAACCUGGACUGAGCACCAAGUUGAAAGAGAGCAUCAGCCUGUUUGACCUGAUCCCAGAGGAGGAGAAACUGAAGGAGUAUUUCCGUUACAUGGGCUCACUCACCACCCCGGGCUGUGAGGAGAAGGUUGUCUGGACUGUGUUUGAGAAACGAAUUGAACUCAGCGAGAAGCAGAUUUUUGCAUUCUCUGAGAAGUUGUUCUUCGAUGAUCAGAUGCAAGUGGAUAUGACAGAAAAUGUCAGGCCUGUGCAGCCCCUGGGGAAGCGCACAGUGUUCAAGUCCCAGGCCUCCGGGCGGCUGUCGCCCUUGCCGUUGUCCACCCUGCUGGUCCCCACAUUAACUUUCCUGGCAGCUGGCUUCCUCCAGUGAUGGCUUACUCUGGACACUACAUCUGACCACUGCCCUUCUGGGGCCUGGACUGUGAUUCCUUUAAUUUCCCAGGUUGAUAUUUGGUGAUGAUUAAAAUGUGGAUAUAUUUUUGGAUAAAAAGUUUUCCUGGGGGGGGGCGGGUGGUGGCGCACCUGGUUGAGCUCACAUAUUACAGUACACAAGGACCGGGGUUCGAGCCCCCAGUCCCCACCUGCAGGGGGAAAGCUUUGCAAGUGGUGAAGCAGUGCUACAGGUGUCUCUCUGUCUCUCUCCCUGUCUAUCUCCCCUCCUCCUCUCAAUUUCUGGCUGUUUCUAUCCAAUAAAUAAAUAAAUAAAGAUAAUAAAUU